GCUCUUGAUCUUAUGCAUAUGCACCAAGUGAAACCAUAGACGCUAUCUGCACGGUAACGAACGAAAAUCUGGCGAUCAAGAAUUUGAAAUGACGAGAUGGCGGGGAUUAAAUUCCCAUUUUCUUGUUCAGUCGAACAUUUUUGGAUAACAUAAUUGAGGAUUAUCAUUGAGAAUUCAUUUGAGAAAAUUAUUGGAGUCUGAUUUUCCCCAGGUAUGGACACCUAGAGAGGAAACAUGCCUGGACGAUCAACAUCCUCUCGUGCCAGCCGGUCAGUCCGGUCAUCAAGACCCUCUACAGGGUCAUCCAAACGGCCCCACAAGAGACCGCCCCUCCCGAUGCCUGUCAACAACAAAAACUGGCCCAAAUCAUUUGGUUUCACCAUCGGAGGUGAUGCCCCUACUUAUAUUCUCUCCGUGGAACCGAACAGCCAUGCUCAUGCUGCCGGGCUCCAGCCUGGAGACCAACUGGUUGAACUGAACAAUCAGAGCAUCCUUCACCUGGGUGCAGACUCUAUCAUGACCCUUGCAAGACGGUGUCCGGAAGUGCCUCCGAGCAUCGUCGUGGUCUCCUGCGUCAAGACGUGCGAAAUCUACCGCGAUCGUAAUGGCCAUUUUGGAUUGACACUCAUAGGAGGUGGUCCCGUGUACGUGGAGGUUGUCGAACAAGGCGGCCCCGCGAUGAAUUGUGGGUUGAAAGCGGGAGACAUGGUGUUAGAAAUCAACGGACUUCCCAUCAAGCACUCUGAUGAUGCUAAGCUGUUUGUAAGGGGAGCGGCAAAGUUGAAAAUGGUGAUCAUUCCAGGUGCUGGACACCACUCAGUGAAGAAGAUUGCCGAACGGUUCGAAGCACAUGCUCAGGACAGGAAAAAUAAAGCGGAUGGAUUUUUCAGGAAGCUUGAUGCAGUGUUUUACAAUGACCCAUUGAAGAAGGAGACUUUACUUGCGUUACUCAAGCGAUAUGCAAAGGACAAGAAAGUGGAUGCCUUUGGUAGAGCACUGGCUGGUCUCCUUGAUACUCCUACAGAAAGAAAACUAUUUGAAGAUAUCAGGAUUUUUGUUCCACCCAAACAUCGAGAUCGAUUUGAUUUUCUGGUUACAAAGGAUGAGCCAGCAAGGGGAAAGAGGAUUGUGACAGUCAAUCGAGCUGGAGGAUCAUUUGGUUUUGUUCUUGCUGGUGAUAACCCUGUAAUCAUAGAGACUAUUGAUAGAGGUGGUGCUGCUGAGAGAGCCGGUCUGCGUACAGGAGAUCGUAUCAUGAGACUCAACGGUCUCAAUGUACGUAAGAAGACCCAUGAUGAGCUAGUAGAACUCUUAAAGGGGAGCGGAUCUACACCGACAUUGGUGGUCGAGACCGGUCCUGCUGGUCCCUCCUCAGCCAAUUCUGUGGCCAGUGCUAGUAUGGUAUCAAGCAGUAUGCUGAGCACCACACAGACCAGUGACAUCACCUCCAUCGCAGGUUGGUUGUCGGAAUCGGGAACCAGUCGAGCCUCGACAACCGUCUACGAUGGUGACAGUAUUAUCGGCCUCAAGCCUCUCUCAAAGAUGGACCUGCAUUCUCUGGGAAGAACUUUCAAGGAAAUGAUGGAACACCAUCUUACACCUGAUGAAAGGAAGGUCAUCAAAAAAUGCCUUAGAGAUUACCAUCAUACAAGGAACAUUGAUGGGUUGAUCGUUGAGGUCUUUCCAAUCCUCGACACCAACGCUAAGAGGACUAUCUGGCCGUACAUCAUCCACAUCCUCCCUGAUGAUGUCCAGGAGAAAUGCAAGAAGAAGGUCAUAUAUCUCAUCGAUAGGCAUGCUGCUGAUGCUGUUUACAAGCACAAGGGAAGUCCUCUGCACCCUGACGAAGAGGUGCCAUUCAGAGCCAAGUCCAGGAACCACAACCGAGCAGCAAGCUAUGACAUCACUCCCUCGUACGGUGAUGUCGUGUUUGGCGCCCCUGGAGAGUUUGAACCAGGAGAAGCAGCUUACAUGUUCCAGCAGGAGCGGAGGAGAAGGAUGCGUCGGCAUCGAUCCCUCGGCCAUCUUGGAUAUUCUGGUGAGCCACAGUUGAUAAGCAAACGAUGGACAGAUCCUUCGUAUGAUGGGAAUUACCCUCCUGCUAUGGUCAGCUCAGUUGACGAUUAUGAGAUGCUCAGACAUCGGAGUAGGGGAUCGGUGGAUGGCUCGAUGAUGGGAGACGACUACAGCACGUUUCCACGCAGGAUGCGACAGCGACAUCGGAGCCAACCGGACCUCCGCAGGUUCAUCGACGAUGACGACGACGAUGAGUCGGAUAUAUUCCCCAUACCACGAAGAAUGGAUAGAAGAUUUGUGUCAGAGCGAAAUCUUCAUGCCAUUUAUCUACCUGAGAGCGAUACAGAUUUUGACGAGGACGAUGAUCUGGUGCCGGACGAGCGCUUGUUUUACCCCCGCAACAGGUCAUAUUCUCGGCAGCACCGCCCUCCAGGAGAGCGGUUCAACACCUUUCAUUCUCUCCCCUCCGGCCGUCGACGAUCACAGCUCUCACAGGAGACUUUUUUAUCUAAUACGGGGGGCUUUGAGCACAGGGAAGUGGGUUCAUUCGUGAGGAACCCAUUAUCAGUUGUUGCUGACCUCGUGUCAGAUGAAGAGGGCGCCGCGGCGUCCCUUCGUGGCAGCAGCCAGUCCCGAUCAAAAUCAGUGCCAAGGUCCUCCAGGUCAACCCAAGAAAACGGUCGCGCUCCCAACGAGAGCGUCAACAACAACAAUAACUCGCGAAACAGCAGCAAGUUCUCCCCGCCGAUGUCUCCGUCGGGAGGCUUUUCCCAUUCCACUCCUGUGACUGACCGCAGAGAGUUGGAUGAGGUAGGGAGCUUAGAUGCUUAUCAUGAUGGAAGGCAGCGGUCACACUCUAGGAAUCGACAGCAUCAUCAUCAUCACGAUGAUAACUGGUCAUUUCCAGAUAUGCAGACACCUUCAAACACCAUUGAACGCAACCACUCCAACCGCAGCUCCGUAAGCCACGCCUCCAGCCCUCCCCUCUCCGAUAAGAGCAUCCAAGAGCGUAUGGAUGAUCUGAUUCGAAGUGCACACCAGAGCCAACAUAGUCCGCCCCGCCCUGACCCACCCCCUGUUAUACCCCUCCCACAGGAUGAGCACAAUGGAUCACUGGAAUCUACCAUGAUCAAUGGAGAUGAUGAAGAAGAUGGUUCAUCGUCACAGCAGAGCAUGGAGGCCCGAUCUUCUACCUCCAUGGUGCCCCCGCCCCCUCCCAUGCCUCCACCCCCUCCCCCUAUCCCUCCACCACCCCCUCCCAUCCCAGGGGAGAUGAAUAACAACUGGACGAGGGAAGGAAAGAUGUCCGUCAAGAGACUCAAUUGGGAGAAGCUGCAGGACACAGAGAACACUGUCUGGAGUGGGCUUGGAGAUGAGGUUGGCUACUUUGAUGAUGUCAUCAAGCAUCUAGAGCUUGAGGAAAAGUUCAGUACGGUCAGCAAGGGUAAAGAUGGAAAACCACUGAAAGGCGGAAAGCUAGCCAUAACCAGUCCAAGAGACAGAAAGAAUCAGAUAUUUGUGAUCAACCACAAGAAAGCACAUAACACAGCCAUCUUGCUUGGUCAUCUAAGAGCCCCAGUGGAAGAGCUAAAGAAAGACAUCCUUACCAUGGAAUGCAGACGACUCUCUGUUGCCCACAUCCAGCAGCUUGCACAAUAUGCACCUGACAGAGAUGAGGUUGAUAGCUUAGCUCGUCAUGCAGGCCAGGCAGCGCAGCUCAGUGAACCAGAUAAAUUUGCGUAUGAGUUAAGUCGAGUUCCUGGCUUCAAGCUUCGCCUCUCAGCACUGAUGUUUAAAGCUGGUUUUCAUGAGAAGGUUGAUGAGUUGGUAGGCUACCUGAAUAUCAUAGCACAAGCCUCUGCAGAACUCAGACAAAGCCAGAAACUAGCCAAAGUUCUUGAACUUGUUCUUGCCAUGGGUAACUAUAUGAACCAGGGCAACCAAAGGGUUGCCGGGGCAACAGGAUUCAAGAUCAGCUUCCUAACUGAGUUGGACACAACAAAGACAUCGGACAACAAAGCCACUUUCCUCCAUGUCGUAGCCAAGGCUGUCCAUUCCAACGUUCCUGAAGUGAUCAACUUCCGUGAUGAGAUUCCAUCGGUGCCCAAAGCCGUUAAGAUGUCUCUCAAGGCCGUGAAAGAUGAGCUUACUCAGCUGACGGAUCAACUCAAUGACAUGGAUCGUGAGGUAGAGCGUUUUAACCAGGAGGAGAUCAUCGUUGACGAGGACGACCGUUUCUCAGAAGUCAUGGCCACCUUUUUGAAGGAAGCCACGGAGCACCUUUCCACACUCCAUGAACAGUACGCCCUCUGUUGUGAUGACUUCUACAAGACUGCACAGUUCUUUGGUGAAGAUCCGGGGAGUACUGAGAGCGCAACGUUUUUCAGCAUCUUCUCACUCUUCAUCACCAAGUUUGCUAAAGCUCAUGCAGACAACAUGCAGAGACCUUCGUGACAGCGAAACAUACAUCAAUCUUUUGUCAGCAACUUCCCAACAUCAACGACGUCUAUAAAAAUAGAGCAUGCAAAGUAAUUAAGUAACUAAUCCAGUAUUCUUGAUGGCUUAUGUUUUCCGUUGAAAGGGGAGGAGGUAUUCUUCCUAAAAUUGCCAAGUGUGUAAAUUAUUUACAAUUUUCAACUUAUGUCAGAAGAAGCAAGUUUUGCUGGUAAAUUGCCAACUCGUCCACUCAUCACAAGGUCUACCUUCAUUUAGUCUAAUGCCAUUCUGUCCAUCAACAUUUCAUCUAAAAACCAUUAAGCCCCAAAAAACAUUUGGUCUGAUAAUCACUUUUUAAAUCACGAAUUCAUAGAUGAGAAUUUUUUCUCAUCACACAAUUGGUCUGAUACCCAUUUUCUUUUCAUUCAUUUGCCCAAUUAACAUUUAAACCAAUUAGACCAAAUGGUAUAUGUGGACUAAUUGGCUAUUGGACCAGCUGGUUAUUAGUCGAAAUGGCAAUUAGUCCCUGUGGGUAGUGGACGGCCCGAUGGUAGACCAAAUUAUAGUAGACGAGUGAGGUACUUGGACAAAUUUGCAUAAGACCAUUUGAAAAUAAACAGAUUUAUCCUACUACCAUUAGAAACCUAUUUAUGAUAUCACAUAAGUAAACCAUUGUGUGCAGAUACAUUUACAUUUAUUACUUGUGCCAUGUCAGAGGAAAUUCUUGCAAACUUGAAAAAAGAAAAGUUUUGUUUCCGUAAUGGCGUGACUUAUCUGGUGUGUUCUUGUAAUCCAGUUAAGUAUGCUUGUACCAAUGGAUACUCACUACGCUAUUAAGAAUAACGGUUACAUGUUGUCUUUACUAGCUACUGUGUUUCAUGUAAUGUAUAAUGGGAAUAAUUUUUAGGUUCUAAAUGAAAUGCGUGUACAAUACAUUGUUUUGCCCCCAGAGUCCAUACAAGAAUUUGGUGAAUUUGAGGUUUGUGUUUUAUAUCUUUUCUACAUGGAGCAUUAUAUUAAAUUGUGGCUGUGUGUCUUUUCUCAUGAGCAAUAUUGUACAUUAAAACCUGAAGUGGGAGCAUAUACAUGUAUGAUAAGCAAAAUAUGAUUGUGCAUUUAACACGUGCAUUCAAAUGCAUUGUAUGCUACAUGCACAUGGCCAAUACUGAUUGGUUGUACAGAUACAAAUUUAUACUGGGCUUGCAUUGUUUACAUGACAAAGCAUAGAAUCUUUUAUGUUGCUUAAUUUGUAAGGAUUGUUCUCAUUAUUUUUGAUGUCACUUUGAGCUGGAAUGUGUACACUGUUAAGAUUUGCAUCACCUAUUUGCUAAUUUUGAUUUUGUACUUGUAACAGUUGAGGCUUAACUUACUAAAUGCUGCUAUCUCACGUCUGAAUUGAAUUUCUCAUGCUUUGUGUAUGCAUUUCUUUUGCAAAACAUGAACAGUAAAUAAAACUCAAUUUAACCAAAUUGGAUAUUCAAAGCUAGAUCAAUUUUUAUAGAUUUUAUUCAAUUAGAUGAUGAUACUGUAGCUUCAGUUAUGAUCAUGUGUGGCAUUAGACUUGAAGAAUUGGUAUUUUAUUCCUUUUUUCAUCGAGGAAAUUGGGGCCUAGAUCUACUUUAUAAUGUGAUGUAUUUCAAAAUAUUUAUUAGAAUUCUUGAACUAAAAAACAAUUAUUUUAAUUUGAAUGUUUGAAAAUGUGAAUUUAGAUGUUUAAAUUUUUUUUUUAUUUAAGCUCAAUGCCUGUCAUACUACACCAGAUAUUUGUGUAUUUGUGGUGUUACAGAAUCAAUUGUUUAUUCUCAUUACAUGCUACAAAAAUUCUUUACCUUAAAAAAACGUAUAUUUUCUGAAAUGAAACUGACAGGAAGCUAGUUUUGUGUGUAUGUUGGGGGAGGGGAUGUGUGUAAUUGUGUCUCAACCAAUUUGUAUUAUUUCAUUCAGAGAAAACAACAUUAACAUGAAAUGAGUGGUUUUAUUAUUAAUGCUUGCUUCAAUUAUGUGACAGUGUAUCAACAUUCCAAUUAGUGGUCUCAAUUUAAAUGGUCAGAAUCAGAAACCUUAUCGAUAUCUGGAUCCUCAG